AUGGCUCAUAGUGGAUCCAAGAAAAAAAAGAGCCUUAAAACUCAAAUUGAUAUGCACUAUACUAGAUUCAAGAAAAGGAGGAGCCUUAACAAUCAAGCUGAUAAGAUUAGUGAUUUGCCGCGAGAUGUGUUAAUCAGAAUUAUGGAAUGUUUGCCCCUCCGGGAUGCUGCACGAAUGUCUGUUCUUUCGCGUAUGUGGCAGAGCAUUUGGACUUCAAUCCCUAGUCUUGCUUUUGAUGCUCACUUUUUUGCAAGGGUUCUUAGAAGAAGUGUACCUGAAACCCAUCAAUUUUCCAGCAUUGUGAGUAAAAUACUCUUUCAACAUGAAGGUUCCAUUCUCAAGUUCACAUUGUGGGUUCCUCCUGUAAAAACUUGUCCUGAUGUUACUCAAUGGAUAUCCUUUCUUUCAAGAUCCGGUCUUAGGGAGUUCGGUCUUUGUAACAUGUACCAUACGCCUCUUAAGUUGAGCUUGCAUCUCUUCUCUUGUGAUAGCUUGGAAACUUUGAAGCUUUAUAACUGCAUAUAUAGUCCUCCUAAUUUUGGGGGCUUUCCGAGACUGACGAGCCUGGAGCUUUGCAGAGUCAGUAUAGUGUGCAGGACACUCAAAGAUGUAAUUGGCAGUUGCCCUGCACUACAAAAUCUAGUUUUAAAAAACUUUUCUGGUAUGGAGGAUAGGCAUCUUAUUAUUGAUGUUCCUCUCCUCAGAAACUUGGUUGUCGAUGGUGCAUUUGCUUCACUUGAUGUUAUAGUUUCUGAAAAUCUUGUGUCAGCUUCCUUUGUUCUACAGAAAUUGACAAAAAAUUGUCCUGAGGAAGGGAAUUCAUAUGAUCUGAUCAAUUCUCUUGCAAAUUCUAGUAAACUUGAAUGGCUUUGUUUAGGUGGUCAUUUUUGUAAGGUAUUGUUUGAAAAGCAAAGCCUUCCUAAUACUUCUCCGAAAUUGAAAAAUUUGGAGUUGCUGUCCCUCCAUCUGAAUGAUCUAGAUGAUUUUUCUUCUGCAAUUAGCUCUAUUCAGAGCUUUCCUAACAUCGAAACGCUUGAUAUCUCUGUUAAUACCAGCAAAAAUCUGGAUAAAAAUGUGCUAGUUUACGAUCUUGAAUUUACAUUACAUCACCUCCGUUGUGCAAAUAUUGGAAUUUGGAGUGCUUCCAGUACAGAGCUCAAGUUGAUUGAGUUUCUGCUUGCGUGCUCUCCUGUGCUUGAGAAGUUAUCGAUAUCAUUGACUACGCCACUGAAGCAGGGCUCUCACUCCAAGAUGUCGACUCAGUUGAACAGGUUUCGUAGAGCAUCCCCAAAGGUGGAAGUCAUCUGUCCAGAGCGUAAAGUCUUUCCAAAGAAAUUACCUCAUGGGAACUAUUCAGUAUCAUUCACUUCAUCUCCGGCUUCUCAGCAUAUCAGUAUAGAUUCGUCGUCCUCUGACGGCGCGGAGUAUUAUUCAGAUACAUCGGCUUGAUCAGACUAGUUUGUGGUUUUGUAUGUAAUGAUUUGGAUAGUUUCGGGUUUAGUAUGUAGUGAUUCUGCUUUCGUGAUUUUGUAUGUUU